CCUUUGUUCGUGUGCUCGUGUGUGGGAUGGCACGGGGAAGAUUUUGUCGUUUGUCGAGGCAUCGAACGAUUAAAACAAUAAUUUCUUCAGCACCGAAAUUGCGGACUCCCGAUGCCUCUAGACCAGUACUGGCAGCGCUCGAUUACUCUGCAAUAAAAUCUACGGUGUUUGCCGUGAUGACGCCUCCGCCGCUCGCGUCACGGUCGCUUCAUCUGCUUCCGAUUCUGGUCCUCGUCCUCGCCGUCGUCGCCCCUGCUGCAGGAGAGUGCGACUUCCCAGCUGAAUGGAGUGGCACCUGGUUCCGAUCCGGCAUGGGUCAGCUGGGCCCCAUCGUGAUCACGCGCACCAGCAUUUCACACACCGAGAAAUGCGUGGACGUCGGGAAGAACAACCGGUAUCUUGUGCGCGAGGAAACCUACGACUGCUACAAGUGCAUGGUGAUCAACAUGAAGCAUAACAACGUGAUUCAGUAUAAAGAAUCCUUCUGCGACGAGGCCCCGAACCUCAGGAAGCUGUGCAUCGGCAUCACCGGAGACGCGAUGCUGUACUCGAUGUUCCGGCUGAGCGCUGAGCCCGUGUCCUGCCCCUUCCACGGCCCGCUCACCUUCACCUACUCCAAGGGCUACGGAGACUGCACCAACCCCGUCUCGCAGGUGGAUUCCUGCGCCGAGGACUCCCGCCUGCUGUUUCGCCACCAAGCCUGCGCCGACGUCCCGGGCUCAGAGAGUUUUGAAGAGGAGCUGGUGUGCCUUGGCUCGUGGAAGGACGGCUCCAACCACUACCUGGUGGGGAAGGUGAACCACAUCCACGCCAACAGUGACGAGGACCGUUACAGGUGCUUCAUCUACGAGCACCCGCACCGCCAGGGGGACACCGCCACAUGGAACCUCGCGCAGUCCGCCGACGCCACCUGCCAGGGGCUCAUCUCCGCCCAUGAGGGAAGCAAGACCAUGAAGCUCACGAAAGUGACCCACAGCGGCAAGAAGUGCAAGUUCCCGGCGUGGCUGACCGCCCACCGCCACUGGCACACGCUCGACUACAGCCAGAGCUACUACGUCUACCACAAGAACACGUCGCUUCGGAUCAGCAACGGGACGGCCGCCCCGGAGGACCUCGAGACCCGGGGCCACACCGACCUCCGCCUCGUGUGCUACAAGUACGAGAGCCACCGCGACCACCGGCGCAGCGACCACCACACCGGGGACCACCACAAGCACCACCGCGACCACAGGGAGCACCGUAGCAGCGAGCACACCGAGGACGACUAUGUCACGGUCGUUGUUCACGUCACGGUGGGAUGCAAGAGCGGCUACCAGUGCAUGCGCAUCUACCGCCGCGACGACCACGUGGUGCAGGCGCGGGUGGGCGAGCUGGCCUUCAUGGCGGAGGAGGCGUGCUCCACCCACUACUGGUCACCCACCUCCACCAACCUCACCACCCUGGUCGCCGCCGGGGGCCCGCCGCGCUCCUGCGGCACCUUCGGCAGGUACAGCGUGACCGACCCCACGGGCACGUGCGCCGGAGACACGCGGUCCUUCACGCGCGUCACCGUCGGAUGCUCCACGGGCGAGGAGCUGCAGCUGCACGCGCGCUGCCCCGAGGAAACCGUCAACAAGUACCAGUGCCACGGUCAGUGGGUAGCCGAGGGCGUGACCUACGUGGUGGCGUCGCCCAUUUCCCGUCCGUCGGGCGCCCCGCGGCGAGUGUGCUUCGCCUACAGCGUGGCCUCGUCGCCGUCAGCCACGCAGGGCCCCGGCGACAAGAUCACGCUCACGGCUCGCCACGACACGUGCAUCCACAGGCAGCACGACGCCCACUUCGCCAUCAACGCCACGCUCUCCGGGCAGUGCACGGAGUCCAUGCCGAGCGUGAGUUCGGGCGUGGUCGGGGGCAAGGCGAGCGGCCUGCUGCUGCUGCUGGUCCUCCUGCUGGCCGCGAACCGCCUGUCCCUCCCGCCGGCCGUCAGCAGAGUCGCGGCGCCGCCCUCCUUGUAGUUCCGGAUGAGCGGGAAAUCUAGCGCUUAGUGUCAGUAGUGGAGAGUGCGUGAGUGGCGGGCGCGCGUUCCAGCCCCGUGUUGCGUGAGUGCGUGAAGGUGUUGAUAGAUGUAAGCGACUCGACAGGAGAAGAGAUAUCCUCGCUGUCCGCGCGGGGUCGUCUGCCAGGGCCAGCCUCACAGCCGCCCUCGCUCGCAGCUGUGGGACGAACUGUCUGUGGUGUCUGUGGCAUGUUCGUAAUCCUUAUUUAACGACGGUUCGCGCCAGUUACUUGUGCUAAGGGAGAGUAACUCAUUACCGGCCCACAGCUGUGCUCGGUGAUCGGCCCAGAGCGGCUAUCGGGAGUGACUGAUUGCAUCAUUACCAAUCGCUUUAUGAGUAUUUAGUUUCCUCUCCCGAACAAGGAAAAGAAAGAGAAGUAAAAAGACAUUUGAAAAGAGUUUGCCCGCCAUUGCGGGUCGCUUGUACCUGGGUCUGGCAGCCAGUAUACAGCCUUUUUUUCUUAGGUUGUGACAUUUACCUUGUAUAUAACAUGACGUUCCUGGUAUUUGGAGAGGGUCACUGUUGUUUUCCCCUUGUGCGCCCCGCUGGCAGGCACGCCGGAGGGACGCGAGUCGCACGGGGAAGGGAAAGUAGAAGAAGAUUAACAGUGAAGCGUUAAUUUUCUUAAUAGUAUAUUCCGAAAGGGAUGGUAUUCCUGUUGUGAUUUUUUUGUUUUCGUUUGCCAGGCUCGGAAUCCGAGUCUUUGGAACCACGAUGU